AUGGCUGAGCUUGAGAAGGAGAAAGAAGCUGCAUUGUGCAAGAUAACUCAGCUUGAGAGGGAAGGAGAAGCUGCAUUAACUAAGAUACACAAGCUUAAGAAGGAGAAAGAAUGCACAGAGAAUAAAGUAGCUUUGCUUGAGAGGGAGAAAACAGCUGCAUUCAGUAAGAUAGUUGUGCUUGAGAAGGAGAAACAAGCUGCGACAAGUAAGAUUGAGGAACUUGAGAAGGAGAAAGAAUAUGCAGCCAGGAAGAUAGCUUUGCUCGAGAAGGAGCUAAAAACUAAGGAAUAUAUAUUUGGACAGUAUAAGAAUGCUCAGCUUCAGAAGGAGAAGAAUCUAAGAACCAAGUUUGUGGAUUUCAAAAGGCAUACUAAUAUUGAGCGUGAAAAAGAGAAAUAA